CCUUUUUUAUUUUCGUACAUUAUUUAUACCGGAAGUUAACAUAACCAAACUCUUUCAAACACGUGCAUUGAACGGCAAUACCUGCUGGUUCAGCGCUGAUCAAUUAUUUCUUCUGAAUUAAUUGAUUAACUCGACCAGGGGUGUAUUUUCAUCAUGGCAAGCUUGAAGUCCGAAAACCCAGAAAAACCCGGGCAAGAAGUUGCACCAGUUCAUCGUAUAAGGAUUACCCUUACCUCACGCAAUGUUCGACCUUUGGAAAAAGUAUGUUCUGAUUUACUGAAGACUGCGAAGAAACAGAAAAUUAAAGUAAAGGGACCUAUACGAAUUCCUACAAAGGUGCUACGUAUAACAACUCGUAAAACACCUUGUGGAGAAGGAUCUAAAACAUGGGACCGUUUCCAAAUGCGUAUCCACAAAAGAGUUAUUGAUCUUUAUUCACCAUCUGAAAUUGUAAAAGAAAUUACCAGCAUAAUAAUUGAGCCCGGGAUUGAGGUUGAGGUCACAAUUGCCAAUGAUUAAGUUUUAUUUAAAUAUAUUAUUUAAAUUAAAACUUACACAAUAAAAAUAAAAUAAAAAAAGUA